AUGAGGCAGUGUAUUAAUGCCACACAUGUAGAGCUCCGUGAUGUCACACAUAUAGAGAAGCGUAAUGAGGCACCCAUAGACUUUGGUGUUGAUGCUUCUUGUGUGAAGAAUGCUAGAGUUGUCAACAGCAGUCUUACAGACUUGAUGUGUUACAGUGAAAAAUGGAAGGUUGAGCAGUUAAAGUGUAGUGACACAGAAGCUAAGGCUAACAUUGUCCUGCAAGUUCACCAGAGAACAGGCAGCACUGGUCAGUUGGGUAAAGGAACUCUGAGAGAAGGCAGCUCUGGUCGGUUGGGUAAAGGAACUCUGAGAGAAGGCAGCACUCGUUGGUUGGGUAAAGGAACUAGGAGAGAAGGCAGCACUGGUCGGUUGGGUAAAGGAAACUCAAGAACAGGCAGCACUGGUCUGUUGGGUAAAGGAACUCUUAGAGAAGGCAGCACUGGUCGGUUGGGUAAAGGAAACUCAAGAACAGGCAGCACUGGUCGGUUGGGUAAAGGAACUCUUAGAGAAGGCAGCACUGGUCGGUUGGGUAAAGGAACUCUGAGAGAAGGCAGCUCUAGUCGGUUGGGUAAAGGAACUCUGAGAGAAGGCAGCACUCGUUGGUUGGGUAAAGGAACUCUGAAAGAAGGCAGCACUGGUCUGUUGGGUAAAGGAACCUCAAGAACAGGCAGCACUGGUCGGUUGGGUAAAGGAACCUAUAGAAAAGGCAGCACUGGUCGGAGCACAGUAUACAAGAUAAGGAAUCUUGUCACUGGAUGUAGAUUAGGAAGAGAAUACUCAAGUCUAGUAGAUAGCCGCCUUGGUAGCGUAAUGGAAGAGCGUCAGGUAAGGUGUGAAGUGUUACAGUACAAAAGAUGGAAGCAGUCUCAAGAAGACGGACUCUGA